GUUUCUAAAAGCAUGGCGUCUUUCACUAUCACUUGAAACGUCAACUCUCGAUUGGAAUUAGUCGAAUAAGUGAGCCUAAUUCUGAGCGACAGAAAUAAGCUCUUAGAUGAAUAUAUUGGCUGUGACGCUUACGUGAAAUAAUUUAUGCGGAACGUCGUAUAAUUGGAUUUCUUAAGACACGAGAAUACGAUAACCUCAAACAAUGGACGAAACAUAUUUUGACGAGGGCCCAGCGGGAAAUUUUGAAACGGCAACGUUAGAGAUCACCAAGGAUCAUGACGGCAAUGAUCCCAAUAGCUCGACUUCUGUGACCAACGGAAUCAAUACCGCAAGAAGGAAUACAGAGAAUGAAGUCAAUGCUGCGAAUCAAAUUCCAACAUCAAAGAAUGUUUGCAAUAUUCCUUUCAAACAUAUCGAUAUACAUUCCUUCUUCACGGAUAGAAAUGAAGUUGUGGAAAGAGCUCUAAAAGAUUGCCAAGAUAGUUUGAUAAAUGAAGAAGAGAAGGAUGUAGUUGGGAGCUGGCUCUUGACAGAAAUAAGCUUAUGGGAUGUUGAGAAGGAAAGACUUAUAGUGCUUACCAAAAAAGCUCUUUACUCUGUAAAAUAUGAUUUUAUUUCCUUAAAAAUACUUGAGUAUAAUCGAGUACCUUUAUCAGAAAUUGAUACACUGGUUUCUGGUGAACUAGUCUAUCCAUCUACAUCUUUAGCUCCAAGAUUAAGUGGAUUGGCAGAGGGUGUGUCAUCAAUAUUUAAUUGUGCAGUUCGUCAAGAGUGGUCUUCUCUUACUUCUUGUACCGGUCUUGCACAAUUUGAAUCUAGGAAAAGAUACAUAUCUGGGAUAAGAUUGAUGUGGAAUCGCGGUACUCCAUUGCCGCUGACCAAGAAAUGGAAUCCAUUUGCAAAAAACAUUCCAUGGCUCACGUAUACUAGUCAUCCAUUGUAUUGGUACAAAGGUUCGGAAGCGGAUAAAGCAAAAUUUGACGUUGAUGGCUUACAUGCGACAAUUAUAAGUUUAUUGUCACCAGAAUGUGCCAUAAGAACUGGAUCUAUUAUCAUAGAGAAUUACUUUGGCUUAGGUGCCUUAGUACACAACAGAAAUGCAUUAGGCUUUUUUAAGAUCCGGGGUAAAGUUAGCUUUUAAAGAUUAUGCUGGCAUAAUUAUGAUUUCUCUCAAUGUAUCGUGGAGAUUCGUAUUUCAAUUUCUAAUCUUCUAUGUAUGUAUUUAUAAAGUUUACAGCAUUUAUAAAAAAAUAUCAAAACUUAUAGCGAUAUAAGUAUAAUUUAUGUAGAAAAACCUUUGAAUGAAUUUGUAAUUAUUUUAUCUCGUUCAAAUCUUUGGUCCUAAUGUAUGGUUCGAUUUUUACAUUCCAUUUUGAAACGAAUUCAUACAAAACAUGCCAUUAUUUUACCUUGUUUGCACAUUUGCUCGAAAUAAUUACCUUUGUUUAUUACGCAAGUUGAUUAGUAUUUACCGAACGAAGUAAAAUAGGACAAGUUUUUAUAUGAACUUUUAAAAUCAUUUCUACAUCCUCCAACUAUUACUGGUGGAUCCUACAUGUAACGAAAUAACUUGUGUAUUAUAAAGAGUUUUAUUAUGUAUAUGUAUUUUCACGCAGUACCUGGCUGAUACGAACUUAAAGAUAAAUAUGUAUGUUCGGGGAUGUCUGUUUAGUUGAUAGUUUUUAUAGGGACGAAAAAUAACAAAGCUAAAAUUUAAGUGAAAGAGAAAAGAGAACUUUCUAUGUUCUUGACUGUAUCAUUAUUGUAUCAUUAUAACAUUAAUAUUGGUUUAUCUUUUAAGUUGCAGGCCUCGCAUCUUAAUUGCACAACAACUUAACAGACAUCACUGUACAUUGCAUUAGAAUAAUUCAUCUAUCUUCUAAAUAUAAAACUAUGUUUUAUAAAUAUUGUGCUUAAUAAUAAUAAAUAAUAAUAAUUAUCCUUCAAAGCGAG